UUGGUAGAUGUUAUUUGUUUGUUUGCCUCAUUCUCCUUUUUGGAACUUUCUGCUUUCAUUUUCAUGUCAUCUUACUCUCUACGGCUCCUCAAUGUGAACCCACCUGCAAUUUGGUUAUGCUUCUGUUUGUUUGUAUGCUUGAUUGAUUGUGAUACACUACCAUCCAUUUUAUUCUUUUGGAAUUUGUUCGUGAUUUCCCAUUUGACAUUGAUCCAUUUUCUCUCGUGCAGUAUUUUGCACUUCUGCCGUCUUAUUUGACAUAUUUUUCUUCCAUUUAGUCUUCAAAAGCGAAUCCAUAAAGGUCAUGGCAUUUUCCACAAUCAUUCUUGUUCUAUAUUUGCAUAGCCUGAUAUUUCCAGCAGGGCUAGAGAAGAAAAACAUGUGAAAAGCACCUACCACACAUUGUAUCCUAUGAUAUUGGAUCUCGUAUGAGGACAACAUCAACUAGCGAGAUUUGUAAGCGGAGUCAGAAUAAUGGGUACUUGUGCAUCAACACCGUCCCAGACAAUCCGGGUGAAGAAGAGACACCACCAUCGCCGCCGCCACAAGAGACAUCGUGGAAAGGUUUCGAGUGCUGUUAUAGAAGGAAAUAGGAAAAAGAAUAGCGAUGCAGCGGCUAGAGUGACAGAUAUUUCUGUUAGUGAGUUUGUUCACACAACCUCAACACGCAAAAUAUCCGAGUUUUCUAACUCCACAUUUCAUCUAACUCAGCUGCAAUGGCACCAUAGCCGGAAAGAUGCUAACGUAAGUUGCCAAGACGAAGCAUGGUUCGAUACAACCAGCAUUUUUGAGUCUGACUCAGAUGGUGAUGGUGAUGGUGAUGAUGAUGAUGAAUUCACCAGUGUUCAUGGAGAUUAUUUUCCUUGUGUGCCUAAUGGACAAGUACUUCAGUAUGAGACUUCAUCUUGCUUUGUGGAUAGCAAAUGUGUUUAUUCUCAAACAACAAAAUCAGCUAUCAUCAAGGUAGUAUCCAUAAAGAGGACAUCUGUUGAUGAAGAAGCAAUAGAUGAUUUAUAUGGAUCGAAAAAAUAUCUUUACCGGCCCAGAGCAGGACUCACAAUCCCAUGUUGUACAGACACAAAGCCAAAACCAGGAACUUGGUCUAUUACUGAGCCCUCUAAUUUUAAGCUCCGUGGUGAUACUUUUUUCAAGGACAAGAAGAAAUCCCCUGCUCCAAAUUUUUGUCCUUAUACUCCCAUUGGAGUUGAUUUAUUUUUGUGCCCAAGAAAGAUAAAGCACAUUGCACAGCACCUCGAGCUUCCUUCUAUUGAAGCUGAUGCUGGGAAACUUCCCCCACUGCUCAUCGUUAAUAUUCAGCUGCCUAAUUAUCCUGCACAAAUGUUUGGUGAUAGUGACGGGAAAGGAUUGAGCCUUGUAUUGUAUUUCAAACUUAAAGAAAGUUAUGAGGAAGACAUCUCUCCCCAGUUUCGAGAAAGCAUUAAGCGAUUAGUUGAAGAUGACAUGGAAGCAGUUAAAGGAUUUGCAAAAGAGUCUACAGUUCCUUUCAGAGAAAGGUUAAAGAUUAUGGUUGGGGUUUUAAAUCCAGAUGAUCUUGUAUCGACGUCAACUGAAAGGAAACUCUUGAAUGCAUACAAUGAAAAGCCAGUGCUUUCCCGCCCUCAACAUGACUUUUAUCAGGGCCCAAAUUACUUUGAGAUUGAUCUUGACAUUCAUCACUUCAGCUAUGUAGCAAGAAAGGGGCUUGAUGCUUUUAGAGAACGCCUGCAAGAGGGAAUUCUGGAUCUUGGUUUGACAAUUCAGGCACAAAAGCCAGAGGAGUUGCCAGAGAAAGUUCUUUGUUGUCUGAGGCUAAACAAGAUUGAUUUUGUUGAUCGUGGCCAAAUCCCAACACUUAGAAUGGUUGACGAUGGCUCUUUAUCAGAGUAGCAUCCAUUAUAUUGCCAGCUUUUUACCCAUACACACACGAUAGUAUACAUGCAUGGGGGAAUAUAUAUCAGGAAUUGAGUAUGGACUGUCAGCUUUCUCCAAGUUGUAUUGUUGGCCCCAGACAGUGCAAAUCUGUACAAAACAUCUUUUCUUUCUCAUUGACACAGAAGACAGAAAAGAUGUAUUGUACUCAGAUUUACCAUAUUGUGUGUCUGUGUAUAUAUAAUUAUAUAUAUAUAUGUAUGUAUAUUCUUUUGUGAGUGUUCAAACAGAAAGAUGUCUUGUAUUGAUUUGUAACACUUGAAAUGUUCUUAUAUAGCAUCAAUACACGCCAAGAUUAUUAUUUUUCCC